AUGUUUUUCAACAAAUACGUGUUUUAAAAGCAGAAAAACUAUAUAAAUGAGCCUUCCCGGAUAUUCUUACCAUCCAUCUUUAUGUAUGGAUGUGAAGAAAGAGUCCUCAGGCGAUUUUUUGCGCGCAUAUAAGGUGCUAGAAGGGCCGGAUGAUAUUGAUAAGGAGAAUUAUGUUUUUAAAGAGCUUUAUAAACAUGAUGCAUUGAGUAGCCGAUUUUCGGGUUCAGAUAAUAUAGGAAUAUCUAGAAGUGUUUUGCAGCCGAGAUCUAAUCAUGUGGUUCAAUCGGCUAAUAUUCCUAAAUCAAUGAAUAUAUCGGUUAAAUCUGUGCCAGAAACAGUUGGAUGUAAGGUUUUGGAUCGGUGUGAUGAGGUGCUUUCUCCGGAUUCUUGUUUUUAUUCUCAACCUAUUAUUAAACCUCCUAAAACAGCAAAUACUAGUCAAUUUUUUAGGUCAUCUACAUCAGUUAAACCAGCUAGCUGGAUUUUAGAGGAGAAUAGUCCCUCUAAAGAUCUUUCGGAGCAUGUUGAUGCUUUAAAUAUUAAGAAUGAAGCUGCUAUUAAAUCAUUUGAAACAUUUUCAUAUGCUCCGGAAUCAUCAUCUAGCUUGAAAAUAGAAAAGACGAUUUUUGCCAAUAAUUCUUUUAUUCCUGAUACGACUAUUCCUUAUAAAAAAUCAUGUAAUGAAUGUAAUACUGAUAAUGCUGAAUUUGUUUUGGCACCAUGUGGUCAUAAGAUUUGUCAAAGAUGUCUUUCUAGUUUGAUCAGCGAUGUUCCUAUAAAUUUAUAUAUUUGCUUUAUAUGUCAUAAGGAAAUUGCGAACUUUACCAGAAAGUCUUUUUUAGAACCUACUUUGUCGUCUAAUAAGCUUCAACCAGUAUCUGAAUUUGGUUUUCCGAAAACUAACUCUCUUUUAAAUUCUUUUGAAACAAAACAGUCAAGACAUUCUAUUUUCUCCGAAAGUUCUGAAUCAUUGAAUUCUACAGCUAAUUGUUUUUUAAAGGAUUCUUUAAUGUUAGAAAAUCCAUUUUCUGAUAUGAGCACUUUAGUUACUCCCCAAGAUUGGACGUGUUUGAAAAUUUCUAAUAUUCCUUGGGAUCUUUCUAUCGAAGCUAUUCAUGAAUUUCUUGGCAAAAAUGCUCGAAUUGCUCCAUAUAAUGUUCAUUCUCAACCUAUUCAUUUUAUUAUGGAUAGAAUGUCCGCUAAGACUCAAAGUGAAUGCUAUGUAGAGUUGUCAUCAAGAAAUGAUGCACAACGAUUGGCAGAACGUCGUUCUGGUAAGCUUUUGGGAUCUAGAAAUGUUGUUUUGGAAAUUGCAACUCAAGAAGAACUUAUGAAUCGGAUAUUUCCAAAGUGGAAGGGUGAAUGGAAAGGUGUUAAUCCUUAUGUAGAUGAAAAUUUAAAAUCAAUAAGACAAUUUUCUGUUCCUAAGGCAGAAAUUGUAACUAGAGAAGAGUUGAAUUCGUUAAUUAGUCAUGUGAAGACAUACAGAAGUCCAUAUAGUCGAAAAUGCCCUCAAAGACCAUUUGAAGAUUUUAUUAGCAUUCUUGCCAAAUUUCCAUGGCAUAAAGGCGAUUUUUAUACUAUUUCUCAAAGAGAUUUAUUGCAUUCCUCUUUAAUAAGUCUUAUUGAAAUUUUGAAAGGUCAUUUCAAAAAAGGACGUUUAAUCGAAUUGAAUUUUCGUCUUCUUGAACGUUUAGUUCAUGCUGGAACGACAAAUACAUGUUUCACUGAAAAACAGAAAUUCGAAAUAUUUAAAACGGCUGGUUUAUCUUGUAAUUUUCAUGUUAAUAGGAUAUCUUUGAUGAAUUUGGGCUUAAAGGCUGUAAGUUGUUUUAAAGUAGAUCAUUUGCAAACAACAGAGAUAUUAUCUUUUUUGUUGUAUAAUGGGUUUAAAGUAGAUGAUUUGCAAUUGUCAGAGAAGGAUUCGUGUUCUUUAUCAGAUAUUGCAAAAAUCGAGAUGUCAUAUAUUAAUUCAAAAUUGCUAGAAUAUCGGUCAUCAGUUUUAUCCACUACAUUACAUUCAGCUUUUGUUCCAUCUCGUAUUUAAUUUAUAAAUUUCUGAUUGAUCUUGAUAAUAUGCAUUUAUAAGAAUG